GAUUUGUAGUUUUGUUUUGCAUUUAAUUUAAUUAUAAUUUAGUUUUUGAAACAACUUUUCAAAAGUUGUCUAAAAGUUUGCGUCAAUUGUCUACUCAACCAAAAUAACUGACCUCAAGAUCUGGGCCUAAGAUAACUGAUCCCAAAUAGUGAUGUAUCGAUGCGUGCAUUCCGUGUCCACCAAAUGGCAACCGAUCGGUGAUUAUUGUCAUCACUGGAAGAAUGUCUUAAACACGACUCGACGCCAGUGUCUGUCAUCGCAGCCGAAGAUCACGACUCACUACUCAGUGGUUCCCAGAGAUACAGACAAACGAUGGAAAGACAUACCAAUGGAGAGAGUGGUCGACGAGACGGACGUGGUUAUCAUAGGCGGAGGUCCGGCGGUGAUGUAUCGAUGCGUGCAUUCCGUGUCCACCAAAUGGCAACCGAUCGGUGACUAUUGUCAUCACUGGAAGAAUGUCUUAAACACGACUCGACGCCAGUGUCUGUCAUCGCAGCCGAAGAUCACGACUCACUACUCAGUGGUUCCCAGAGAUACAGACAAGCGAUGGAAAGACAUACCAAUGGAGAGAGUGGUCGACGAGACGGACGUGGUUAUCAUAGGCGGAGGUCCGGCGGGUCUGUCGGCCGCCAUCCGACUCAAGCAAUUGGCGAAC